CGCAGUGUCAGUGACUUCAACGCCCGGCUCAGUUUCUGGCUGUCGUUCUGUGACGUUAUACACCGCGUGCGCGUCCAAGUUUCCGUUACGCGGUGCAGUAAUAAAAUCAUCGUACGCACGUUUUUUUUUUUUUUUACGCUUACAAAACUUUGUCGACCGUUUUCAUACGGAUCGUUCUCCCUUUCGAUAACGGUAAAUCUUUCUUCCCGUCCAGGAUCGCACUUUCCAAAACAGUGUUCCGCGCGAAACGCAUUCGGGUCCGGUAGUUCACACACGGGUCCUUUCGUAGACGUUGCCUUGCUCGUACGCGGAACAUAAUAAUUUCAAUACUGUUUUUUAACGCGAUUUUUGUGCAAUGUGUUUGUGAAUGUGAGUGCAUAUAUUCUGCCCGGAAAUACGUGCAUAAAACGUUAACACCGGUGUGAUCGACACGAAAAUGUAAUUAACGUCACUUUGACGAUGAAGAGCGAUUUUAUAAUGCUUAUGACACUGCUGCUUGCUAUCACCAUCAUCGGUGUGGCGCGCGGCGAAUCGGACGAAGCAGUGCGAGUGGUGCGCAGGCGUCACCUGGACGAGGCCACGAAGACGGGUGAAUCGAACGAGAUCGAUGAUCGGCAUGCCGCCGGCAUGGCACUGACCCGGGCCAAAGAGUUCGAACCGACUGUGGUCUGCAAGGACGGGAACGAUUGCGGCGAAGAGAUGUCGCGAACGGUGUUGACCGCGGAGGCGGCGGCCGCGGCGUUCGACGAUUCAAAGCUGAUCAACGCGGCGGACAGGACCGCGGCGGCGGCGGCGCAGGACGAGGAUACGUCACAGUCGCAGUACUAUUAUGAGUACGUGGGGCCGACCAAAAGCGGUCCGGGGGAAGCCAGGAGGGCUUCGUCGCGUGGCAGAUCACUCGUACCGACGGAGCCCAGUAUUGCGGCGCAACGGCCGCACCAACAGCAGACGGAUGCGCCGUCGUCGAGGACAGCAGCAACGGCGGACACUCAGCAGACCCGUAAGGCGGGCGGCAAUAGCGACAUGGAAGACAUUCUGGACGGGUUCGUGAAGCUGCUCAACGGGCAACAGGGCCAGCCCGGUUACAGGCAGCCGAUCAAGACGCGCAUCAACAACCGUGGGCCGCCACGCAUAUCCGAAGCCACGGUCGUGCUGGAACCACCCGCGUUCGUGCCCAUGCCGCAGCACCAGCAGCACCAGCAGCAGCAACAGAACAAACCCAAAGACCCGCCACCGUAUCCGUUCGACGUGCCGCAGCCCGUCCGGCCGCUGCCGCCCCAGCCGCCCAACCUUAUCAAACCGUUCCUGACGGGCGUGCCGCUUCCCGAGCAGCUCGUGCCCACCAACGACGGAGGCGCCGAACUCGGACCACCGACCCUGUACGACGAUCAGCAGGCGCAUUCCACCGCGCCGUCCAAGCGGCCCAUGCACCACCAGACGGCGUCGGUCAAGCCGCAACAGGAAUACAAUCUGUUCGCCGUCGACCGGGACCCGGGCACGACCGAAAAGUUCACGGUGCCGUCUUCGUCCCAGUGGCCGCAGUCCGAGAGGACGACGGAAAAACCGACGGACAAACCGACCAACCUGACUGACAGGCCUACGACGGAUGGAUCGCCUACGACGGAGAAACCGAACGUCAAGGCAGAAUCGUCUUCACCGCUGCCGCCAUCGUCGUCGCCGCCACCGCUGACACCGCAGCAACAGACCACCGCCGACAUCAACGCGACCCGAGUGAUCGGCGUGCAAGUAUCCAAGAUCGUCGAUCAUCUGACGUCGCCGGUGCCCGCGUCGCCGGUGUUCGUCAAGGAGCCCGAGACCGCGGCCGCACCGACCACGACCUCCGCCCCGGCACCGGUGACUGCGACGCCCGCGCGCCCGGAGACGACCUUGGCCGGCGAGCAGAUCACGGGCGUGGGCUCGGCCGUCGUCGUACUCGAGCCGUCCACCUCGGAGGAACCGCACCGCGAGGACGUUCACAAGCCAACCGACAGCAAGCUGACCGGCAAACCGACGGCGCCCGUCAAAAAAACCCCGCAACAAUCUGAAGGGUUCCCGUAUUAUUCGCGUCCCGGCAUCGUUUUGGACGAUCCGGAAUUCAAACCACACAUGGGUGGCCAAAGACGUCCCAUUCAAGUGCAGGUGCCCAGUCAAGGAGACGUAUUUGACAUAAUGGUGUCGGCCAUCCAAGGACCUGGAGAUAAGCCGGCACUGCUCACCCCCGAAGAUAUAUCACCGUCAGGCGUAGGCAAAGGAGAAGUGUCGGUGAUAACGUCGGCAGAACCGAACCAGCAGUUCGUAUCCAUCGACGGCAAACGCACGUACAUAAAUCUGUUCGGUUCGGCGGAACCGACUGCGGUGGCGCCUCCGUCCAUAAAGCCGACCAGCGCAGCUUCCGGAUCGUAUUCAGUGAGUCAGGUGUUACAACCGCACGGUGGUUCCAACCCUCCAGGGCCGCUGCCCAGCAACACUAAACCAACAGUCCCGGCUUGGAAACGACCCACACACCCACCGGUCAGAAUCGACACUUGCAUCGUGGGUGACGACACGACCUGCGACGCGGCCCAACAUGAGAGAUGUCGCACCGAGCUCGGCGUGUCUUCGUGUCUGUGCAGGCCCGGCUACAGCCGUCGAAAACACCGAGACCCAUGCCACAGGAUCGUAUCUAUUGUUUUUUCAUUACGUGUCGAUCGCAUGUACGACAACAAGAUCACGUGGACAGAUAAAUACAAGGAUUCCGAGAGCCAAGAGUACCAACAACUUGAACACGAAGCAGUUAGAGCGAUUGAUUCGGCGUUCUCGAUGACACCGUUCUCGGACACAUUCGUCGGCGCCAAGAUCAACAACGUUUACACGUCCAAGACCACACCAGGCACGCCGGUCAUGGUGAACGCUACGGUGCAGCUGACGGAGAACGCGGAGCACCUGCGCUCGUCCGUCAAACAGGACGUCCAAAAGCAACUGACGGGCGCGCUGCAAAGGCGCAACAACAAUGUGGGCACCAGCGGCCUUUGGGUGGACUCGCCGGCCGGUGCCAUAUCGCAACUGCACGAUCUGGACGAGUGCAGCAGCGCGGAACUGAACGACUGUCAUCCGCUCGGCAAGUGCACGAACGUGUUCGGCACGUUCCAGUGCGCGUGCCCGGACGGCUACAGGGACCCGUGGAUCGGAAACACGCAGCGCAGCGGCCGAACGUGCGAGACCUGCGACCCGGGCCAGUGCAACCUACGCGGCGAGUGCUUCUUCCAGGCCGGGCAGCCGGUGUGCAAGUGUUCCGGAUCGUUCUACGGGGCGCAGUGCGAGAUCGACGGCGAAGUGCUGAGCGUCGCGGUCGGCUCGUCGGUGGCGGCCAUCUCGAUCAUCGUGCUGACGCUGGUGUGCCUGUGCGCGUGGAGUCGCCGGUGGAACAAGGAGCAGAAGGUCGGCUCGCCGGUGUUCGGGUACAUGCCGACGGGCGGCAGCACGGUGAAAACGCCCGUGAUCGGCGGCCCGCCAUACCAGGUGUCCAUCGAGGACCGCAUGCGAUGGGCGCAGAUCGCCGACGCCAUGGCGCACGCCAACCAUUACGCGCCCGAGCCGGGAAACGGCACGAUGCGGUCAAACAUGUUCGGGUACGCGGGCGCGCCGAUGCCGUUGCCCAGGCUCCGGCCGCCGGGCACAAGCACGAUUUCGCACGCUUUCCGCACGCCCGAAUCGAGCACCAGCGAGGAAGAGGACCGGACCGACCUGCUGGGCCGGAGUUUCCAGACUUCGUCCAGACCGAAGAGCAGAUCGUCACUAGCGAAUCAAAGCGGAAUUUACUACGACGUGGAUUACGAACAACAGCAGCAGGGCGAAAUGACGUUCUCGCCCGGUUGCAUUCCGCUGAGCACGUACACGAUAGGCAGCCGCUCAAACUACUACAGAUGAUCGUGCGCGCAGUGACGGUGUGGCCCGAGAGUAUCGCGACGGCGGUAGUAAUAAUAUUAAUAUAACAAUAAUGUAAUACACACGUUAAUAUGUAAGCAAGACAGACUGAGGACAAAACGUUUAUGAUUUAUAAUGAUAAUGAUAUAUUUAUAAAACACUAGUGUAUAAUAUUUUUGUACGCUGUAUCGUCGUAUGCCAUUGUAAACGGAAUUAAAAAAAUUCGAAUUCAUAUUGUAUCGCACUUAUUAAAGAUGUACGCACGUGCAAAUUACUUUAUUGUGCGGCAACACCUACUAAAUAACGAACACCACGCGGGGCCACGUUCCUUUGUACACGCAUUGUAAAAAUUAAAAAGACCCGUACGAUCGUUUUAUAGAUCAUAUAAUACGAAAUAACGUCAACGUGUGUACGAAACGUUUUCGAUUCGUCGGACUCUGUACACAUAUAAUAUACUACGAUACGAUUUCGGCGUGACGUCACUGACUCUUUUCGUACACACUUGGUGAUGUCACUCCGAGAAUAUUAUAAUGCAUUGAUUCUGAACGAUAAAAACAAUAAAAAUAAUAACUAUGUUCUAUUACUCCACGAGGGGACAUUACGUAAAUGUUUAUUGUAUUAUGAUGUGCGUUUUUUUUUUUUUACAUUAGUCAAUAAAAUUGUAUUUUUUAUGUUUUUUUUUUCUGUACGUUUAAAUAUACAUAAUGUACACGAAUACUCAAAAAAGUGUCAGAAAGAUCUACUUACAACCACGCUCCACGCGCGCGUGUUAUAAUAUUACCUCUACUAGGGACUAACUAUGAUACACUACGGUUCCGAAAAAACCGAUUCUGCCGGUUUUUCUUCGUAAAUCGCCGCUGGUUUCAAAAAAAAAUAAAUAAAUAAAAUAAAAAUUAAUAAUUGUAAUACACGCGUGUAGGUAACGUUUAUUACAAAUAUUAUGAUACAUUGCAAUAACAUUUGUAGUCUUAAACACUUAAGUCGAGUGCCAUGAAUGCAGUUUGCACACACAUUCAACAAUGAUUUAUUAAAAUAUUAAGUUCGCGAAUUCAAUAUAUUUUUUCUUACAAUAUAUAAUAUGUAUAAAAAAUACACAUAGUACUAAAUAUAUUAAGCUGCGCGACCAUAGGCAGAAAUCGUGUGAGAUAUAAGACGGAGGGGUCUAAGGAAUUGAUAUUAAACUGAACGUAGGGCCAUUUCUCGCUCGACCCCAAGGUUACCGUAACUUUGUAACAAGAUAUUUUAACUCAUAAUUCCUUCAUCUUAUUCCGUAUUUAUUUUUUUCCUGCAAUAUAAGUACAAUGAUAUAAUCAUGAUAAAUUAAAGUAUUAAUAAAUAUUGAUUAAUAUCGUGAUAACGGUGAUUUCCCAUGAUUUUUUUGAUUUUAUUUUUUUUUAAUUGAACUAGAAUAAUUAAAAAACCUUUUAUUAUAUUGUACUAUCUUAUUUCUGUAUUAUUUACUAUAUUGUAUAGGUUUAGUGUUCUGUAAAUUUGUUUCAAUCUAAGUACAAUAUUGUUUCAAAGGUUUUGCUCGGCUUCAACAAUUUGUUUUCGAUCUGCGCCUAUGUAUAGGACUAAUAGGUAUAUCCAGUGGCGUCGUACCUUUUUUUAUAUCACUGGGGUAAACCCUACUUAUGGGUACCCACCUACUCACCCAAAAAUCAUAAAUAGCAAGUAUUGUAUACCUGUGAGCAACGAGUAUUUACUACACAUCUAGUAAUUACAUAACAUUAUAGAAUAUUUUACCGUACAAUAAUAUAUCUAGCACUCAUUAAGUCUAACCACCUACCCACCACCUAAAAAAUUUCUGGGGUAUUUACCCCACUUGCCAUACGUUUUAGGCGCCACUGGGUAUAUCUGUAUGUAUUAUACACCUCCGAUAUCAUACAUAUUAUUUUGUCAAAGUGAUAAUAUUUCGAUGAGAUUUACGAGCGUGUACAGUAUAUUUAGUGCAGUAGAUCUUUCUGGUACUUAAUAUAUAAUAAACAAAUAUGUAUUUUUUUAUCCUCAAUUAUAUGAUAUCACAGUAGUAUUAUAAUAUGAUGUUAUAGUGUUAAGUUUGAUCCAUUGUACAUUUCUAAAUUAUAAAACUAUUUAAGAUA